UUUGGAGAUAGUGGGGAUUUAAUCCAAGUGGCGCAUCUGUCUUCGGACUCUGCGUAAAAGGGAGAAAAGUUUGGGGUCUUGCACAGACGCACUCGCAGCAUCCCACCGACGCGCGUGUAAAUAACAUGUGGAUCUCCGCGAUUUGACCCAAACAACGGACUUUUCAAGCGUUUCCCCCAACACACCAGUAUGACUUGAAAGACCCGCGAGGUUUAUCCGAACUCACGUCAAGUCUUUUUCACGAUCCGAGAGCCGCCGAAGACCCGCACACGGACAUUGAUGAGAUAAAGAGGAUUCCUGCAGCAGCGGAGAAAAGCCAAGAGUGAACCCAGUACCAGAGAAAGAAAGAGAAAGGAAGGAAGAAAGAAAGAGAGGAAGACCCCCCUGGAUGUCUAUGAUGUUGUGCCAGCUCGGGCAGAAGUGUGUGAUGGAGGUGGUGCUGCUGACCCUCCUGUCCUGGGUGUCCGUGUGGGCUGAGGACAAGAUCAUCUUUGACAGACAUGCAGUCUACUGGAACAGCUCCAACCCCAAGUUCUGGCAUGGUGAGUACAGGGUGGCAGUGAACAUCAACGAUUACCUGGACAUCUACUGUCCUUUCUACGAGGGUCCUCCAUCCCACGGGCGUAUGGAGCGCUACAUCCUCUUCAUGGUCAACCACGAGGGCUACACUUCUUGCCAGCACAGGAUGCGUGGCUUCAAGCGCUGGGAGUGCAACCGCCCGAGCGGUCCCGACGGACCCCUGCGCUUCUCAGAGAAGUUCCAGCUGUUCACUCCUUUCUCCCUGGGCUUCGAGUUCAGGCCUGGACACGAGUACUACUACAUCUCGUCUCCUCACCCAAACCAUGUGGGGCGGGCAUGUCUAAAGCUGAAGGUGUAUGUCAGACCUCCAGAUGGAUCGGGAUAUGAUUCUCCAGAGCCCUUUCUGACCGAUGGGGGUCCCAGAUGGAGGCCGAGCUGGGGGUCCGUAGCUCUGUUUGCUGUUCUGGCUUCUUGGUCUUCUCUGCUCCUGGGAUUCUUUUCCUGGCUGUGACCCCCCCACACACACCCCUUACCCCUCAGUCCUUUACCCUACUUCCUGGAGCUCCCAUCCCAGGUUUGCUGGGCUGGGCUGGGCUGGGCUGGGCUGGCUGUCCCUCUAAAAAUCCACCACCCCUCAGGGAAGCCCUCUGUCUCCGUCUCCCUCAUCCCCCUUUCCAAUCUCCACCUCUGUAACAACCACCACCCACCCCCCACCCACUGCCAGCCCCUCUUCAUGGCCCAACCAUGGACAACACCCUUCCCAGGCCUGAGAGAGCGAGGGUGGUUGGGUCUCGGAACUAUCCCGGAAGCCACUCUUCAUCUCUGACUCCCUAACUUUGGGUGAAACAGACAUGUCGCACCUCUCAGCUGUAACACACAAGGGAAAUGUCUCUGCACUCAUACCAGGGGGUCCUUUUGAUUUGACUAUUGACUCUUCUUGGCCACUGAUGGGGUAGAUGUAGCCAUGGCUAUGAUUAAACUUGUCGUUCCAGUGCAAUUCCCAUCAUCCAAUCGCGGCAGGACGCAUUAAGCGAUAGGCCUGGAUGCACAAAAAUUGGAUUUUGCUCACAUUGCGAUCCCAUCCUCAAAGCAAGAAUUGGAAGUGGUCAAGCUUGCAAUGUAAUUGGAAUUCUAUACUAUCUGGAUAAAUUCCAAGUGCAACCAGAAUGGGAGCAGAUGCAGAUUGAGAGAAAAUAAAAGCAGCAAGCGGCUUGUGCUGAAAAGGAAGAGAAAACAAUAAACAUGGCGAUAUGGGAAAUGUAAUAUUAGACAUGUUGAUAUUUUGAGACUCAUUGUAGAUUCACAGCAAUGUGAUAUAAAAAUCAUAAAAGUUUGAUUUUUUUAUAAGAAGCUCAGAUGUCAGUGACAAGUCUAACCAUAGCCUGUUUUCAGUGGGAGUGUGUGUGGGUCAGGUAGGGGGAGGGGUGGGAGGUGGGGAGGAUGUUCUUGGUGGGUUUGGGGGUUUUGAUGAGGUGUAUAUUUUCAGGUGGGAUGUGUUUUGUCUUAUUCAUGUUUCUAAAACAAAGCAUUUAUCACAGCCUGGCCAGCACAGGCAAUCUUCAGCACUGUCUAAUGUUAACUUGGUCGGGUGACCAUGACUUUCUCAUGUAUGAAUGUACCACUGGUCACCCACCCCUCUGUUUUUUUGUCUUUCUGUAUUAUUACGACUGUGGUCACUUACAGUACCUUCUCUCAGACUGGCAGGAUGGAACGGACGGGUAUGGGAUUUACAGACGGGGGUGGGGGUGGGGGGGGUGGAGAUGGAAGUGGGUGAGGGUGGGGUUUGAAGGAAGGAUGAUCAGAAGAAGAAGACAGGUGAGAAAAGGAGGCGACACUCAAGUUGCAUGACCACUGUGAAAUCCUUCAGAUCAAUCUUGUUUGUAAUGAUGAUAUAUUUUUUCAUGGGGGAAAAAAAUCCGAAAACACCCUGCUACCGCUCUCUUGCUCUCCCUAAGACUUUUUCAGACAUCAAAAGGGAAAGCUCAACCUCUCUGCUCACACCGUCUGGCUUUUGGUUGUUGAUGGAUUAGCUCGGGGGCCUGGGAGAUAAAUGGACCCGCAGGGUGAAACUGACUGGAAAUCAGCCCCUCAGAACUCAGGCACCGAUCACAACGGACGUAAACACUGACUGAAGCCGGUCCUGGGUCUGAGGGUUAAACCAAUAAGGGAAGCACAUAGACUGUGGCAAAUGAGGCGAGGUGUGUGUGUGGUAGCAUCACAGAAAAAAAAAAAAAAAAGAAAAAAAAAAGAAAACAACACACACAUAUGCGCAUGCACAAACACACACAUAACACACACUCAAGCGUCUUUGAUAACAGGACUGUUCCUCGGAGAUGGAGAGCGCAUUCACGGACACGACUAUAAAGGAAAAUGGUACAAAGGGAGAGUGAGCGGAGGAGGGAGGGGGACGAAGAGAAAGUGUGUGUCUAUGAUGGGACUGAGACUUCUUCUUUAAUGUUAGGAAGUGAACAUAAUGAGUAAGCACUGUGAACAUACACAGAACAUACCUACACACAUGGAAACUCAUGGACAUGUACAGACACACACAUGUGUAGAAAAGCACAUGCAGAAAAUGACAUUUACAAAGACAUGGCAUGCACAUACACACAUGUACAAAAACACACAAAAAAAACCACACAAACAAGGGGAAGCACUUUCCUUUCCCUGUUUCAUCUUAUUUUUGUAGCAUUUAAAAUCACUGUUAAUGACUCCUGUAAGGGACGCAGUGAUGGGGUAUAGCCUGUGGAAGAUUUAAAAAAAAAAAGUGUCUUCUCUUCUUCUAUUCCACUGAUGCUGUCCAACUAUUCUUCUUCUCUGGUUUGUAAAAAACAAAAACAACAACAAAAAAAAAAAA